AUGUAGCGCGCCUGCUCACUUUCCUCCUUCUCAUUCCCAAUAAAUCUUGGGGCUUCACCGAACAGGAGGGCCUGAAGAUGAUCCUCUUCCGCAAAUUCCGCGUCUUGAUCCUGACCGUGUUCCUGAUCGCAUGCUCCUUGCACAUCAUGAUUGACUUGUUGCCGCGGCUGGAGGGUAAAGGCACCGGCGGCUGCUCCUGCUCUCACACGCCUAGCGAGGAGCCGCGCAACUGGGCCCAGCCUCCGGGCCGAGCCGCCGCCCCGGAACCUCUACCGCUUCACAAACACACUCUGCGAAUACUGCAGGACUUCAGCAACGAGCCCGGCUCCAACGUGUCCUCACACUCGCUGGAGAAGCUCAAUCAGGAUGCCGAGAAGACGGAGGCGCGGAGGACAGGUGAACACCGCGCCAAGGCGGGACACGACCGGAAGCAGGAGACGCACGUAGCGGGGGUGAGGACACGCUCCAGACUCGCAGCGCUGUUCGAGCACCCGCUCUAUAAGAGACCUUUACCUGUCCUCACUGACCAGGACACGCUGUUCAACGUCAACACAGACAUCAGGUUUGACCCCAAAGCAGCCGACAACCAAGAAUGGCAUGGACAGGAGAAGAAUGGGGAGUACACCCCUACAGGUGAGCUUACUGCAGACUCCUACCCUAACUGGCUGCGCUUCCACAUUGGCAUCAAUCGCUAUGAGCUCUACUCUCGCCACAACCCUGUCAUCGAUGCAAUGCUGAAGGACCUGAUUACACAGAGAAUCACCAGUGUUGCCAUGAAAUCUGGAGGCACGCAGCUGAAGCUCAUCAUGACAUUCCAGAACUACGGCCAAGCACUCUUCAAACCUAUGAAGCAGACACGGGAGCAGGAGACACCUCCGGACUUCUUCUACUUCUCUGAUUUUGAGAGACACAACGCAGAGAUCGCUGCUUAUCAUCUUGACAGCAUCUUGGAUUUUCGGCGUGUUCCUCCAGUGGCUGGUAGGCUGGUGAACAUGACCAAAGAAAUCAGAGACGUAACCAGAGACAAAAAGCUGUGGAAAACAUUCUUCAUCUCUCCAGCCAAUAAUAUCUGUUUCUAUGGUGAGUGCUCGUACUACUGUUCCACUGAGCACGCUCUGUGUGGGAAGCCAGAUCAGAUCGAGGGAUCUCUGGCGGCGUUCCUCCCUGACCUGGCCCUGGCCAAGCGCAAAACCUGGAGGAACCCCUGGAGACGCUCCUACCACAAGCGCAAGAAAGCUGAGUGGGAGGUGGAUCCAGACUACUGUGAGGAGGUGAAACAAACUCCCCCCUAUGACAGUGGCACUCGUCUGCUGGAUAUCAUGGAUAUGACCAUCUUCGACUUUCUCAUGGGGAACAUGGAUCGUCAUCACUAUGAGACUUUUGAGAAGUUUGGAAAUGAGACCUUUAUUAUUCAUCUUGAUAAUGGGAGAGGAUUUGGCAAACAUUCCCACGAUGAAGUCUCUAUUCUGGCACCUUUGAGUCAGUGUUGCAGAGUGAAGAAGUCGACUCACUUGCGGCUGCAGCUCCUGGCUAAAGAGGAAUACAAGCUGAGCGUUCUCAUGGAGGAGUCACUGAAGAGAGACUCACUGGCCCCCAUCCUCAUCCAGCCCCACCUGGAGGCUAUGGACCGGCGUCUGCGCCUCGUGCUGCAGGUGCUAGCUGACUGCAUCGAUAAGGAAGGCUACAGCAGUGUGGUGGAGGACGAUAUGACGUCGGAAAGAAUGGACAAAGGCUCGGCUCCUCUGAGGUAGUAGGUCUGGAGGAACUGCUCUUCCAGCUUUCCAGCACGUCUCAACAGACAAAGAACUUCUCACAAGGGAAGCUCUCGGAGAUGACUUUUCUGAAUUCAGUGAAUUCCAAAGACUCCGUCCGCAAUCGGUGGACCGUGUCUGUCACGUUAAAGACAUACAUGUGGACAACGUGUGCGUCGCUGCCUGAGUUUGUGGACAUAUGUGUCUUAAUGCAGUAUAAUGGGGGUCUUUUAUUCUUGCUCUUUAUGGCAAAGAAGAGCUGUGCAUUUAACAGAGGUUUCUUUUUUUUAAGUCGAAGCGCUUUGAGUGGAGUGCAGGUUAGCUCCAAUAUGUGUAGCUGCCAAUAAUUAUUUAUUAAGUUUUAUAUUUAUUUUCAAGAAUUGUUCGACCAACUUCUUAUAUCAGUGCAGAAAAGAUGGAUGAUUCAGAGACAACUUUAAUGAAAUUUCAGUGUUUGUGAUAGCAUUUAGAAAGUGAUUGUUUUGUGUAUUAAAGACAUUCCCGAUAUAGCCUGUUGGAUACCAAGAAAAUCCUACUUAUCACUCUCUAAAUAUCAAUAAAUCAUAUUAACGCGAUCUGUAUGAUCACCUGAAGGGUUUUUUAGCAAAUCUAAUCAUAAAUAUAAUAACAGAGCAUUAGAAACGUUGCCUAAUAUUGUGAGUGCUGGGUGUGUUCAUUUAUAAGACAAGCUGGGUUGACAUACAGAACACACAGUAAAUGAAUUACAUCAUAAAUAUUAGAGGUAAAUACUCGAAUGGACCAGCAUUCUUUGCGUUUUUACCUUGAGGUUUAGCCGACAUGUAUAACAGUGGUAUUUCGGCAAUGCACACACACACACACACGCAACCACAUUCACCAGAUCCUCUGCAUAUUUAACAGUUUGAUUUUGACUGAUUUUCAAUAUAUUAGUGGGCUUUGUAUAAACUGUGGCGUGAUCGUGCUAGGCUGGAACGCUGCUAUGUCAGAAAACUCAACGUUAGGAUUUCGGAGCAAGCAGGGUACUGAGAUAUGCAUAACUGUGCAGGAAAAGCGCUCUCUUUCUUGCUUUCUUUCUCUAUCUCCCUCGUUGGAAAGACAACCUGGUCUCUCCUCUGCUAUUACGCACGAACUUGUGUGUGUUUGGUCGUAAGGCUUUUAUUUUAUUCAACAAAACACCCUUUCUUGUUUAUACUUAACCUUAUUUGCAAGGGUUUUUACAGUCUAUUUACAGAUUCUGAUCACAUUUAUUUCCAGUAUAUUUAAAAAAAUCCUGGUUUGGACAUUAUGUAUAAGCCUUGUAUUUACUUUACCAUUAUUUGCUGUCCUUUUUUAUUUUAUUUUAUAUAUAUAUUUUUAAAGGAAGCGUGAAAGUGGGUGUUAAUGUACAAAGCAAAGACUUUAAACUGCACUAGAGCAUAUUUCAGUAUCUGUUGAAGAAGACCUGUACAUAUGAUGUGAAUCCAUUACCUGUGCAAUCAUAGAAAAACUUGAACAUGUGGGUUCUAUAUAAAUGGGUUACAUGACUAAGUGAUGGCAUUGCAUUACCAAAUGAAGGUCAUUUGUUACAUUCACUGUACAUUAUUUUACAGACUUCAUAUUGAGUUCGGUCAGAAAUAUCACUAACAUAUGAACUUUAGAGAUGCAUAUAUGCUUUUUAAUUGCACCGUUUCUGUGUAAGGUUUCUUUUUCAUGUCCAAGUGCAAUAAACUGACCAUUGCAACA